GCUUUGCAGAAGCGUUUAGAAGCAAACGGAGGAUGGCGAAGUGUAAAACAGACUGCAUUGAAAGGCCUCUCUCUCUGGCUUUUGAAAAACUUGGCUGUGUUGUUGGUAGGCAUCCGUGUGUGUUUCUUUUAGUAGCUUUAUAUGUGGCAGCUGCCCUUGGAGCUGGUUUUGUUUUUCUUCAGGAGAGGGAGGCAAAUGAUAUUGAAGAUCAGUUCACACCGGUCAAUGGACCUGCCAAGCUGGAGAGAGCGUUUGUGGUGGAAACUUUCCCACAAUCUGAAGAGUUUUCUCAGAUACGGCUCACGUCUGAAGGCACUUAUGCCUCUGUGAUCAUCACAGAUUUGCAUGGAGAAAAUAUAUUAACUGUACCAGCUUUUGUUGAUAUUAUAGAGUUUGACAGACAAGUGAAAAAAAUAAUAACAGGAAACACUUUUGAAAACCUCUGUGCCAAAACAAAGGGAAGGUGCAUGUCAAACACAAUUUUGGACAUUAUCAAUUACAAUGCUGCUGAAAUAGUUUCUUCAAAAAUAACAUAUCCAUUGAAUAAUAACAUGUUUUUGGGAUCAAGUAUCGGCGGUGUAGAGCUAAAGCCGGAUAGCUCCGAGAUAUCCAGUGCAAAAGCGGUAAGGCUUUUUUAUUUCCUAGAUGAGAAGAAGACAAAGGAAAACUCUUACUGGCUUGAUGACUUCCUCAAACUCCUCUCAAACUAUACAGAGCAAAAAACGGUCAAUGUGUCUUACUUUACAUCACUAUCAAGACAGAAAGAGUUCGAAACCAAUUCAGACUCUGUGAUUCCCCUCUUCUCUGCAACAUAUUUCCUGGCCAUUAACAUUUCCGUUCUGUCUUGUUUGAGGUUAGACUGUGUCAGGACGAAGGUGUGGGUGGCCUUGUUCGGCGUUGUCUCCGCUGGUAUGGCUGUGUUGGCCAGCUUUGGACUGCUGCUGUUCUGCGGGAUGCCAUUUGCCAUGACUGUGGCUUCAGCCCCCUUUCUGAUUCUUGGUGUUGGUGUUGACGACAUGUUCAUAAUGAUCUCCUGCUGGCAGAAGACUGAAGUUCAUAAAGCUGUUGAGGUUCGCUUAGCAGAAACGUAUAAGGAGGCUGGUGUGUCCAUCACGAUCACCACGCUGACGGAUGUGCUGGCGUUCUACAUCGGCCUCCUGACUCCAUUCCGCUCAGUACAGUCUUUCUGCAUGUACACCAGCACAGCUCUUCUGUUCUGCUACAUCUUCAACAUCACCUUCUUUGGUGCGUGUCUCGCGUUAAACGGAAGGCGAGAGAAAGGCAACAGACACUGGCUAACCUGCAUGAAAGUCCCAGAACCAACUGGUGAUGGUGAUAUAGCUUGUUGUGUGGGUGGUGCUUAUGAUGAAAACACACGUAAGGAGUUUGAAAUUCCAAUGGAUUCAUUCUUUAAACACUAUUACAGCCCAUUUCUGACAAGAGUGUGGGUUAAGACGCUCGUGUGUCUGAUAUAUGCCGGAUAUUUGGCAGUCAGUAUCUACGGGUGCUUCCAAAUACAGGAAGGUCUAGACCUGAAACAUUUAGCAGUAGACGGCUCAUAUGUUGGUGAUUACUAUGAUAAAGAAGAUGAAUUCUUCUCUGAUUUUGGUCCUAAUGUCAUGUUAGUUAUAAAGGAUGAGCAUUUCCAGUACUGGAACCCGACUGCUCGUAAAAGUCUUGACUUGUGUUUAGAAAACUUUCAAAAUCUAACACUGGCAGACUCAGACCUUCCACCUAUUUCUUGGCUUCAUGUAUAUCUGCAGUAUGGGAUGAAUUUUGGUUUUGAUGUAGACAAUGAAACAGAGUUCAAAAGCCAUUUAACUGCAUUUCUUAAUUAUUCUGGUUUUAGCCAAGAUGUUAAUUUUACUAACAAUCAAAUUCAAGCAUCACGUAUGUUUGUUCAGUCGGUAAACAUCCGCACAGCGAUCGAUGAGAAGAACAUGCUGAAUGAAUUGAGAGAGACUGCAGUAGAAUGUGGGAAGUUGCAGCCACCAGUUAAUCUGAUUGUGUACCACCCUGCGUUCAUCUAUUUCGACCAAUAUGCCGUCAUCAUCAGUAAUACAAUCCAAAACUUAGUGGUUGCUACAUGUGUGAUGUUAGUAAUUUCACUCCUGCUGAUCCCAAACCCUCUCUGCUCUCUCUGGGUGACAUUUUCCAUUGCAUCUGUCAUUGUGGGAGUGGCUGGUUUCAUGGCAUUAUGGAAUGUUAGUUUAGACUCUGUGUCUAUGAUUAAUCUUGUCAUCUGUAUUGGGUUUUCUGUUGACUUCUCUGCUCACAUAUCCUAUGCUUUUGUGUCAAGUGAAAAAUCCUCAGCGAAUGAGAAAGCCACGGAUGCCAUCUCUAAACUGGGCUAUCCGAUCGUUCAGGGAGCCGUGUCCACUAUCGCAGGUGUGGUGGUGCUCGCUGCUGCUAAAAGCUACAUCUUCAGGACCUUCUUCAAAAUUAUGCUCUUAGUCAUUCUGUUUGGGGCCGUCCAUGGCAUCGUAUUUAUACCUGUGUUCCUGACCUUCCUCGGCAAUUGUAGUAAUAGUCGUGUAAAGAAUAAACAAUACAGUGACACAAACAAACAGCAAAGGAAAGACCCAGUCAUGGAUCACACCGAGAAUGUAUGGUGUACUGAUCCUGACUGUCCCAGCCUAUAACCUAAACAAUGGCCUAACACUAACUGACCCUACAUAUGACAAACGGUUAAGAAAAUGGACAAACUUUCUUCUUAUAUGUAUGAGUUUAGGUAUAUAUGACACUUUAAUUGGACCAUGCAAGAAAAUCCUGAAAUCGAAAUCAUUCUGCUAUGUACUAACUUACUAACUUGCAUAUUUUUGUAUGUGUUUUUUUUAAUCAUCUCUUUCAGCUAUAUGUUUUUUUGGCAAAUAAUUCACUUUAAAAAAUUAUCUUAAUGCACUGCAGGUCUAUUUUAACUUUGCACGUGUAAUCUAAAUGCAUGCAGUUAACCAUUUUAUUUAAUGUUAGGAUUUUUAUGAUCGAAAUUAAAGCAAUUUGAGCUCUGUGUAAUUGUGUACCAGUGUCUUUAUUGUUGAUGAUGUAAAUGUUCUCUUGCUGCUUCUAAGGCUCAGCACCAUGACAAGCUGCGAGAUAAAGAGCUGUGGUCUGCCUGAGAAACUCGUCAUCAAACGUCUCUUUGUAAAUGUAGCAGGCAUUGAUUAUAAAUUGUUUUAUUGUAAAUUCACUCAAAAUACUUCUGUUUUUCUGUUGGUAAUAAAUGUCUAUACGUGAGAAAAUAAUUAAUUUUAUUUUAUUUCUUUAUGAGUUUCGUGCCCAUCUGCACGCUCUUACUUCAGUCCGCGGGAGGUCUGAGCAGAGUGAGGUAUGCAUUUUGUUCAAUCCUGUUGCAUGUUCAAAGGGAAUUAAUCACCAAUUAACUAAUCAGUGUUUUGUUAUGAUGUGCAAAUGAGUUACAUGAAUGUGUUACCUUUUCUAAGAACUGAGUUUAACCUUCUGGGGUCUAAGGGGGUUUUGGGGGCCUGGAGAACUUUUGACAUGCCCUGACUUUUGUGCUUUUUUUCAGUUGCUCAUAAACAUAUACAUGGAUAAAAUAUGAAAGCACUAUAUUCAGUACAAACUGGGCUACAAUAAUAUGCAAAUAGCAUGUAUUUACAUGAUUGUGUUUUUAAGAAAACAACGUUUAUGCAUGGUAAGUAAAAAACUACAAUUGUGAAGUCACUGAAAUAAGACUGCAGUCACGUCAUCUAUGCUUCAAGUUCAUUACGCGUCUACUCAGUGGUGUGUGGUAGAUUAAGGUGUAAGCACGUUCAAGGCACUACAGUCUUCCUUUUUUAGUAAAUCCUUCUUUAACAUUUUGUUUUACUAUUGUAUGAAAGCCCAACAACGCCAUCCAGAGAUAUCUUUAUGUCUAUGACCUUUUAAUGCUUAGGAAAGGCUUUACAAGUAAAGACAUGCCCGUACAAGUAUCAGAAGGCAGUCUAUAUGUAUAGGUAAAGUGAUUCACUUGUUCAUUGUGCAAGAAGAGGGACUACUGCAUGUUUGUUUCUUCUGUGAGUGAUUGAUUAAAAAGUAAGUUAUACAUUUUAUAUUCUAUGCUAGCCCAACUAAAAUACAUUUUCAUUCUGUUAUUGUUACCUGUAAACUUUACUAGUUAAAUAAUGAUUUUAAUAGGUUGUAUAAUUUGUGUGAGUUGCAGGCUGACUAGGUCUAUGCUAAGUCAAAUGUUUACAAUCGUUCAAUACUGCUUAACUGUGCAUGUUCUACUGUAUAAUUUAGAUACAUAAGCUAAAAUUGUAGACCUGUUUAUGGUACAUACUUAAAUGAUAAAAACUUUGCCAAGCAAUGCAGCUAUUUAAAUGUAACUUGAAUAACCUCAUAUUUAAAAUUGUUAUGUACUGUCACUGCUGUGUGUGUAAUGUUCAUUUGUUCAUGCUAGACAUAUUAUUGUUCAUAUUACAAAUUUCAUUUUGUAUUCUGUUUUCUCUGUUCAUUGUAGACCACACACGCACCCAUACGCCCACAUGCACCUCUUAUGGGCAUGUACCUGUAAUAAUUCAAGCAUGCAAGGAUAAUUCAAAUAAAUCCUUCAACUGGGACUUGCCCUCUUGCUCCCGUUUCUCUUACCGGAAACUCCCACUACCAUUUCUACUUGUACAUAAACGAACCCUUGAGCAUCCCUCAAGCUCGUAUAACUAUAAUUGUUUUAUUAGCGGUUGGCAAAUA